AUUCGCUCGCGUUCGGUUAACACUGCCGCUUCCUCGCUCGUUUAAUAGAUUAAUCAAAAGUGUUCAUUAGAAAGUGUUGUUAGCGACUUUGACAAUGUGUGGAGUCACGCUGUGAGGACCCUUGGAGGCUAACAUUAGCUAGCUAGCUAGCCGCAACAUCACCUGUGCAGUAUAGAAAUGUGGUCACAUCAAAGACUCUUUACCCUUUUUUGUUUGUCAGAGCGUCGGCGUGGCAAGCUCGCUACCCUGUCGUUCGCGGCUGUGGUCAUCUUCCUGGGCAUCCCUCUGUGGUGGCGGACAACCACAACGUACCGCGCCUGGUUACCUGUCAGUCAGAUUCAGGAGCUGGCUAAGCUGAAGCUCCUUCUGAGCACUGAUGUGGAGGUUGUGUUCGCACGGGGAACGUUGACGCCGGAGCAGCAGAAGAAGAUCCCGCUGACACGGACGCAUGAUGAGGAACGCGUAGUAGAUGGGGACACUUCAUUGACUUACAGGUAUGAGACACGUUAUCGCACAGCUACCAUCAUGGAGGAGGACGCUCUGAACAAGCUCACUGCUGCUGAGACGGAUCUUUCCCUGCACACCCUCAGCGAGAGUCCAUGUGGUUCUUUGGUCGUGUACGUGAUCCCGGAACCCUCAUUGCUGCUGCCACAGGACAUUGACGUGUACGUAGGCCAGAAACGCACGGCUUUGCUGCGUGGCGACACGCAGACAAGCGCGGUCAGGACGCUGGUUCAGGUGUUGGCUGGCCUGGAGCCGCGGGUCAAGCAAGUGCUGCAAGUGAUGUCAUUCAGCCACAGCGACAUUAUGGCCGCCGUCAGCGACAGAGUGUAUCUCAGCCCAGGAAGCCAACAGAGCAAAGCUGACAGAAUGAGACCUUUCAAGUCCAGCCCGGUUUACGAGAUUACCUUCAGUCUGCUGAAUCCUGACCCCAAUUCGCACCGACUCUACUGGGACAUAGAGGGCGCUGUGCAAACCUACAUACAACCAUUGCUCUCGAAACUGGGCCCUGUCGCUAACUUUAGCGUCGACUCUCAGAUAUUGCAUUACACCAUGUUGGGCGUCAACGCUCGCUUCGACAGCAACCGCGGCGCCUACACGCUGGGCGCUGACAGCCUGGCACACGUCAUCAACCCCGUGGAGGCUCGACUGCGCUCGAACGCUGCGUCGUCAAAUCCUGUGCUGAACUUCCUGCUGUACGUCCCCGAUGCCCAACAUUCCCCACUUCACAUCCUUGACGGCAAGAAGAGAGAGGUCACAUCGAACGCGUUCCACUCUCCACGCUGGGGAGGAAUCAUGGUUUACAAUGUGGAUCGCUUCUAUGGAACACAGACGACAUUCCCUGUUGACAUCGACAUAAACAUGGCUAAAGUCAUGGGUGUCUUCCUCGCGCAGCUACGUCUCUUGCUGGGCGUGCAGCCCUCCACGUCCCCCAAAGGCUUCCUGGUGUCUCCUCCCGGCAGCGCGGGGCUCACCGACUGGGAGCUGGACCGCCUCAUGUGGAGUCGUAGCGUGGAGAACAUCGCCACGGCGACCACCGCCAUCACGUCGCUACAGCAGCUGCUGGACCAGAUCAGCACCAUCGUGAUCAAUGACAACAUUGCCCAGCUGGUGUCUAGCGCCGUCUCGUCGCUGCAGCUGGCAAUGGCUGAGCUGGAGGCCGGGAACCUUGGCUUCGCGCUGCAGUACAGCAAGGAGGCCAUGUUGGCGUCCGAGAGGGCCUUCUUUGACCCAUCGCUGCUCCACCUCCUCUACUUCCCGGACGACCAGAAGUUUGCCAUCUACAUCCCGCUCUUCCUGCCCAUAUGUUUGCCCAUCUUGAUGUCCCUGCUCAGAAUCAUAUCCGAGGUGAAGCAGAAGCGCAGGGACAAGCAGGCGAAGAAUGACUGACCAACUGAUGGUUUUGGAAAGCAUGAAGAAAUACUCAUUGCGCAAUGAAAACAUGUGGCUCCAAAUAGUUUGACUUUUAUCUGAGAAAACAGCAGAAAUUAUUUUGGAUUUGAAGGGGUAAAAAAAAAAAAAAAAAAAAAAAAACCUGGAGAAAGAUGCUUUUUAUUGGCCAGCGAUGAACUGUGACAGUUUACAGAGUUUUGGGGAGACUUUGAAAACGAUUUUAAUGAAUGUACUGUGAUUGUCGAACACUGUACCAUGCAAAGCUUGAAUGCUUGAAACUUUUUAUAUUGGAAUUUCUCUUCUAAGUUAUUGACAAAUAAAACUUUUACGUUGA